UUAACUGCAUUAAUCUUCCAGCGAGGAGGUACAUUUGGCUCCACUGGUGGUAGACUCUGUUAUCGGCCUUAUCAACCACUUAGUUUGGCUGAUAUAGCAACGGCCAUUUGAGCAACAAACAUUGCCACUUAGUGCUCCUUUCCUUCUUUUCCAGUGCGAAUAAAGGCAGGGCGGGAUGAAGGCACAUCAGUUUUUCUUUCUGGCAUUAUUAUUUCUCACAGGCUUCCCAGCAGUAAACAGCAUAAGUCCAAAUGAAACGAAGACGAAAAAAGCCAAACUCCCAAAAAUCAAAAAGGAGAACGACGUCCUCCUGCUGAAAAAGAACAACUUUGACCAAGCACUGAAGGAAACGAAGUACCUGCUGGUGGAGUUCUAUGUUUCUUUAUCUCAGAAUUUGUCCAAAGAAUUUGCUGAGGCUGCCCGACAGCUUGAAAAAGAAGCUCCAAGAAUCCAAUUUGGCAAAAUUGAUGUCACAGACCAACAUGAUUUGAGAAAAGAAUUUAAUAUCCAGCAGUUUCCUACUGUGAAGUUUUUUGUGGAUGGCAGCAGGAAAGACCCCAUUGACUGCAAAGGAGUCAGAGAGGCCUCCGCUUUUAUUACAUGGGUGAAGAGAAGAACAGGACCUAGCACGGUGUUAAUUAACUCUACUGCUCAGGCUGAAGCCAUGAUAAAUGCUGAAGAUUUGGCAGUGAUUGGUUUUUUUAAGGAACUUCACAACGACAGCGUGGACGUUUUCUGUGAGACAGCAAGAGACGUGCCGGAGAUGCCUUUUGGGAUGACCACCAGCGAGGAGGUCUGUGCUAACUACGGCAUCCAAAAGAGCACUCUUGUGGUGUUCAAGAAGGGAAAGCCUGUGCAUAAUGAAGUGCUUGAAGACGGCAGCCAAAACAAACUGGAUCUAACAGGAUUAAUCAAAACCUUUACCUUGGAUUUGGUCACUGAAUAUAAUCUUGAGACAUCUGUGAAGAUUUUUGAUGUCCCUGUUGAAAGCCACAUCCUGCUGUUCACCCCAAAGAGCUCGCAGACAUUCAACGCGACUUAUGAAAAUUACAAGUCUGCUGCUGCGGAAUUUAGAGGAAAGAUAAUGUUUGUCUUGGUGGAUACUAAUGAAACAAGGAAUGGACGAGUUUUUGAGUAUUUUCGCAUCACUCAAGCUGAUGUUCCUGCAGUGAGAAUCCUAAAUUUGACAAGAGAUGCAAAGUACAAAAUGCCGGCAGAUGAGGUGACUGUGGAGAACUUAAGACAUUUUUGUCAGAGCUACUUAGACGGAAAAGCAAAGCUACAUCUCUCCAGUGAGGAAAUUCCAGAAGACUGGGACAAGAUGCCUGUCAAAGUGCUUGUCGGGAAGAAUUUCAACAGGAUUGUCUUCAACGAGACCAUGACUGUGUUUGUAAUGUUUUAUGCCCCUUGGUCCUAUGACUGCACAGAACUCCUGCCAAUCUGGGAUAAACUGGGAGAGGAAUACGAAAGUCGCAAAGACAUAACCAUUGCUAAGAUAGAUGUCACGGCAAAUGACAUCCUGUCAAUCGUGUUGGAUCGCUAUCCAUUCUUCAGGCUGUUUCCAGCGGGGCCCGAUUACCAGGUGGUGGCUUAUGCUGGGGAACACACCUUGAAGGCAUUUUCUGAAUUCUUAGAAGAACAAAGCAAGACAAAAGCAGAAACAAGAGAGAAGGACAGAGCAAGUUUGCGAUAAAACUGCAGUACAGUACUAAGUGAAACUUCAGUUUGACUUGCAAGUGGCAAUAGGAACAGAUGGGAUCCCAGAUACCAGGGUGCUGGUUUUGAAGAGAUCAACCUACGUUUGCUAUCAGCAGCAACUCCCACUCCCACUGGAACGACCACAGUUAACAGUAGGUAUUUCUCAGCAUUCUUGCUAAGGGGGACUUAUUUUAAAAAUAUCACACAGAAACAAUGACUUGUUGAUACAAGCUCUGAAGUGUGCCAAAACUGUAUCUAUUCUGCAAAAUGCAAGAAGUCAGUAAAUUCUCUUUUGGAUAUCAAAUUCAAGUUUUCUGGGACACUGCCAGUGGGGCCUUGCAUAAAAUAACCCUGACCACUACUGGAUUUUGGAAAUACCACUGGCAUUCAUUUAACAAACAGAAGCCCUCAUCUGAUAUCAUAGGAGAUUAGAUUAGACAGAGAAUGAGAUGGAAAUCCCAAAGAGAGGGAAGUGUCAGCAUGCUUUCCCUUUGCUGCUUGCAACAUUAUGAAAUUUGAAUGGCAAGCAGUGCUGCUAAUAUAUUUUGAACAACUAUUUAACACACAAGCUAUAAUCAUUUAAUUAGUUUCCCCCCAGAAAAAUGGAAAAAGACGUCUACAGCAUCACUCUGUAUCUGGCAGAUGGGUUUACCAUCCAAGAUAAUGAAAUAAAAAUUAAUUUUCACUGCUCCUACUCACCAUAUACGAGACUCAAUGCUCAAACAGCUAUCUAUCCUAUUAGAAGGUGCAAGAUUACAUAUUAAUGAAAACAUGGGCCAUCUUGACAAAUGAUGCUCUCAUUUCUAUUCCAGCCACUCUCACAUGUGCAAGACAGGAGGCCGAGUGCAGACUCACAUGCCAUGCCCUGACACAGGUUCUGGUCACACGCGAGAGAGAAAUCUACUUUAAAGAAUCUGGCAAAAGUCUCCUUGUGAGGCAUGUCCUCCGGUGGUGGAAAGCCUGCCUCAUUCCUGGCUGGGCUGGAUUCUCCCAGCCCUAAGCUGCGUUGGGUUGGGUUCCUCCAACCCUCAACCAUGGCAAGAUGUACCCUCAGUCCCAGGCAACUAGUCUUGCACAUUGGCUCUUUUUCUGUCCGACUCAAAUCAGUUUCAUAAUAUUUACUGGAACCAAAGUGGAAAAGUGUUUUAACCAGAUUCAGGUAACCCACUAACCUGUUUUCCCCUACCAUGCCAACUUCUUUUAGUUUAAUAUACAAAGCUCAUAACACUCUAUAUAGCAGCUCCCCAACUGUCACCACCAGAAUUGAGCCCUAAAUACCUGAAACUGGACUGCUUACUCAAGCUUUGCUAAGUCAAACACUACUCCUUUUACGGGUGUCCCAGCCUAUGGAUUCCACCCUGUCCAAAACUGGAGUCUCUACACAAGGGCAAUUUUCCCUCCAAGUAUGUAAGUUUGUUGGAUGCUGUCACCUUGUUUAUAUGCACUGCCAGAUUCACCUCUGGGACCUUAACACUGAAGCAUACAAACCAGUAAGUACACGUAUGACAAUUAGAAAUUGCAGUUCACUGAUGUGGGAAUGCUUAUAUAUUAUUGUAAUAGUGAUGGCUCUGAAACUCUACUAAAGGAUCUCCAAGCAGAUUUGCUUAGGAAUUGGAAAUCAGACUUUUCAGGCAGGCUCCCAUUUGUUCUAGGAUAUAAGAACUCUCAGAGUUAAAAAAUACAAAGAUUUUAUAUGGUGUAAGUAACCAUAAAAAGUCCCUGAUUCUUUUAUUUUAGUCUAAACAUGAAGUGAACCUGUUUAACUCUAAUUUUAAAGAAUAUUUCAUUAUAACUGUGCUCAGACAUUCUCUGAAAUAUUUAAAUCUACAUAAAGAUCAAUGUUUAUUAACCAAAUUUGUUCCUGUAAAUGAAUACCUGUGAAUAACACCAAUAUCACUAGUUCUCAAUCAUAUGAAAAAUUUCCCAGGCACAUAAAUAAGCCCUAUCAAUCAAGAUGGACAGGACCUAAGUAAAAAGCUAGCAAUGCACACCAACGGUAGAACCAGUUUAAUCUUUAGUAUCAAGAUGGUUUAGUUAUCAACAUGGAGCAGUGGAAACAACAUUUCCAGCUAGGAUUCUUAUUUAUAAAAGUACUUACAAAUGUAAAGUGUGAAGCAUAUCAAAGAUUAAUACAAAAAAAGUGCUAUCACGAACUACCCACAAGAAAUGUUGACUUUUACUAGAUGGCAGCCCAUUCUGCCUUCAAACACAAGUUUCAAGCAUCUCGCAGAUAGCAAUUCAUCUCCUUAAGCUUUUUCCUAAGCAGAGAAUCCUGGGGAAGGAAAGUGGGGUUCAAAAUUGACAGUUAUUCCUAAAUGCUCAGAUGCACAAGGAACGAUCCAUCCUGAAGAGAAAUUCAAUAGUUCUUUUCGUCUUUACAACAGCUUCAUACUAGCUUAACUUUGCUGGAAUUACUCCCAAUUGACAUCAGUAUAACAACAGAAGCAGAGCUACCAUGCAUUAGAAGAGAUUCAUAUAAAUGCACAACCAAUGCGUUGACAGUUCAAAAAACCCUAAUGUCAGGAAGUGGCAAAAUUGGGAGAUUCCUGCUCAUUAUGCAUAUUGAAAUACACACUAUAUUUGUGAACCUUUGUGUUUUUCCCUCCCAGGUACUCAUGCUUCCUGAACAACACUGCUGGCAAACUGCAUUAUGGCUUUGCCUCUCCAUGCAGUCCCAAAACAAAGGCGAGAUGCUACUCCAGAAGAGGUUAGGAGAGUUUCCUCUUCUGCAACGCUUUGUCCUUUGUGUUACUAAAUCCUUCCUGGGCCUGUUUAUUCUUUGCUGCUUCAAGGACUGAAAAUAUGCUACAGAAAUAACAGAAUAUUUGUCCUUCUUACAGCUAAAUACUGUUUCCUUAUUUCAGAGAAAAAUAUAUUAAAGCAACAUACUUUCAGGUAUGUUUAGCACAAUUUUUCCUCAAAAGAUCCUGUAAUUAUACACAU